AUGUAUCCUACAGCACAGCCGCAUCAGCGAGAUGCUCGCCAAGAAAGAUGGCCAUCGGAAACUUCAUUUGCGUCGGCUGGUCCGUCGCAUGCAGGGACCACUUAUAUCCCACUACCUCCUGAAGCGCCGGCACUGCCUCCGAGUCGGCCACCAAUCCACACCUACCCGGCAGUCUCCCCGAGAUAUCCCGCCUUGCCGCCCCCACCAGCUGCGCACGUGCCGCCUCAGUCUCCACAGACGCAUGCUUAUGGCUUUCAGGUACCACCCAGCCCUCUUCAAUUACAAUCCUUUCCUCAGACUCAUGGCUACCCGAUGACCAGUUCGCUUGCUGAGCGUCUCGUGAACCCAUACGAGCAGAGAGAGCAAUCCAUGGCUCAUAGUGCCGCACAUGCAGUCCAAAAUCCGCAUCGUCGUGAUGCUAUGCGACAGAGCUUAGGACCAGGUGACCCGAUUCUCUCUUCGCAUCACGCCUCAAUCGCACAUAGCUCUGACGGUGCUCCUCGACCUCCGCUUUCUCCACGGCCGCCCUCCUUGUACAGUCCGUCCCAACUAGCCACGACAUCGGCCGUUCCGCAAACAGGAACCCAGCGAACGCCUUCAAGCUUGUCCGUCGGCCAAGGCCCACGCAGUAGUACAGUCACCAGCAGCAACAUGCCAGGUCCCGCGCAUGGUGUACCCGGACACGAGGCCGAUGACUGUCCAGGCUGUCUGGCAGAAAUGGGUGACGCCAUCAAAGCGUCGUUACAGUCAGCUCAGAAUGAGGACGAGAAAAGACAACGUGAACUGCAAGAUCAGCAAGAGCUUGAGCGAAUCUAUGCUCUCAGCGGGGAGGAGAAUGAACGCAGCCGUCGUCUCGCCGAAGAGGAAGAGCAACUCCUCCAGAAGGCCAUUCAGGACAGCCGUCGCGAAGCCGAGGAGCAAUCACAACGCAUUAUACAGCACGAAGCGCAAAUGCUCGAAGAAUCGCGGAAGUAUGCUCUUCGCCAACACGAGCAGAACGAAAGGCUCGAAGCGGACAUGCUUGAGGCUGCCAAGCUUGCCUCUUCCACGCAAGAGCGGCACAGACGCCAAGAAUUGGAUGCAAUGCAAGAGGCAGAGCAAAGAGCGAUUGAGAUCAGCCUUCGCGAACAAGAAGAAGAGUGGGCCCGCCGCGAGAGCGCUGAGAGAUCUAUUUUGGAGUUUAUCGAGCACAAGGGCAGCAUUGUCGUUCGACCCACUACCCCCAUUGCCUCGCCCGCCAACAACGGUUCGAUUUCCCGAUCGGCGUCUCCCGAUUCACUAACGUCAAAGCGCUCUGCCGCAUUCAAUCAGGAUGAUGCUAAUGAUCUCGGUGCUGAGUAUUGGCGUUUCGCAGGCCAUGACGACGCUUACCAUCUAGCCUUACAAAUGCAGCGCGCAACGCUCGCCGACCACAACGAACACAGUCCUCUCCAUCCAUCCGCACCGAGAACACGCCGGCCUCUGCCACGCACGCCAGAUGAGCCAGAGCCUAUAACUGAGAACCAGGAUCACUCAAUCACAUCUGUUCGCAAAAAAGACCUCUUGACUGCAUCAUCCCAACCUGCUACUCUCUUUUAUUCAGAGGAUGCUCCUCCCGCAUACGCCGAGGCGUCUAAGCCUGGGCCGGCCAGCCUUUCCCUGCAUGAUGCAGCUGCAUCUCGCCCACAAGAGAAAGCCUUGCCAGCCCGCUAUGAUACCGCCACAUUCGAAACCCUCAAUCGACCCGUUUUGCAGCACCGGUCCUCGUCUUCAAGCUCCGCACACAGCCAAUCGCGAAGCAGUCCCUUGAUAAGUUCACCUAUGAAUAGCUUCACAGGUGCUUCCCUCCAGGCAAAAAGAUCUUCCUCGUCAACAACAAGUAGCGAGCUGUUGUCUGCUCCGUAUCCUUCUGCGCCAUCGCCAUCAAUCCCUGAGCGUGGGAGCUCACACUCAACACCCGAACCUAAGCGCUUCAGCACCUCUACAACCUCUUUGGCCUCGGAGCAGCGUGGGCCGCGAGCGUUGGCGGGCAUCGACUUUGGCUACGGCAGCCUUCCUUUUGCUCCCAAACUCGACAGAAACUGGCCUGAAACUUCGCAGUCUGUAUCUUCUUCGAACGCAUCGGCUUCAGCAUCGUCAUCUUCCUUGACCACAAAAGCUCUAUUCCCUUCGACCAUUGAACUUUCAAGCGUGGUUAAGGUGUUGGGGGCGGAUAGCGGUCUUUCCGGUUGCAGCUUCUUUGUCCUUCGCGCUCAUUCGUGGAAAAGCUUACUUCGAGCUAUUGCAUGGUAUGGUAACAGUCGGGUCGAAGCUUCUCCAGCACAAGUUGCGGCCGCAAGCGAUCGACGCUCGCGCUGCCUCUUGAGGGCCGAGGUCGAGUUCGUCACGCCAACGCGAGUCGACCUUGGAUACGGCGUUGGCGAGUAUGCUAGAGUUGCGCAGAGCACCGGAAGCAUGCCAAAAAACCCGUCACCUGCGCAUGUAGCACUAUGUCUUUCGCUCUUGCCAUUAUCAGCUUCUAAGUCGGGUGAAGCGAGCGCAUGGCUCAAGUCGGAAGAGUAUCAAAUUACCAAGCGAGAGUCAAGACGACUGGAUGCGUGGUAUGCUGGAAAAGGCUCUACGCGACGUCUUGUCCAGCUUGCUCGUCAGCCACCCGCACUGCCGGUGACGAUGGUUCAGAUCGCUCAGCUUCUGCAUGCGUCUCACUCAUUCAGUGCAGCGUGUCCCUCGUCUGGUUCAACGGCGCGUCACUCGCCACGCGACCUUCAUCAUGCAAUCGAGCGACACGAUGAGGGCUUUGUUCGCAAGCAGCAGGCCAUGCUGCUCGCUGGAUCCGCACUCGCUUCGCACAGUGGCAGUGGAUCUCUGUCCGCCUCUGCCAACGCGCGCGUCAGCAUGCAAGAUCCGCGUCGAAGAUCCACUUCCAACGAUCCGACUCAAGGAGCCGGCGUUAACGAGCUUGAUGACGAUGAUGACGGCGACGACGACGAAAUCGAUUUCAACGAUUUCAGCCUUCUCGCCGAUGGAUCGUUUGAUGCUCAGGACAAGGUUCUUAUGGGCAAGCGUCAGAGGCUCAAAGCUAAAGUCAAACGUCGACUCGCAAAGCGCGCUUCGGAUGGUCGAGUCGUCGAUGAGGAUUUGGCUGCAUGGAUCACUCCCUUUGACUUGUCGCAGCAUGGCUAG